AUGGUUUUAUGUUUGCAUCAGCGGCCCCCAUUGGAGCGAUUUCGAGUCCUAUGCGCUGUGUGCCUUGUCUUUGAUGCCAUCUUCAUGCUGAUUUUCGUCUUGUCGGGAAUGUCUGCCAGUGUCCUUUCAGCGGAGACACUCUGCUACGAGCAAAAUGGCUAUUCUUGGCACAAUAUCCUGGCCUUGAGUUUCAUCGUGUCAGCGAUAUUCGCUGGUUGGGGUGUGCUACUGCAUGGUGGCGUUGUUACCAGCGGCGAGGGUGCACCACUGAAGGAAGCGCAACUGGUAGGCGUUUCUCGAUACGGCCACAUCCUUGUGGCCUGGACGUUUAUUGCAGCAGUACUGGAAGCCAUAGCCUACAGGCAGCAACCUGCUGCUUGCAUGGGAAACGGGGAGGCGGCAGUGGCCCAGCCAACGCUCACAACAGAUAAUGGCUUGACCGACAGUCAUGUCGAGGCAGUGUGGCACUUGGUGUCCACAGUGAUGUGGCUGGUGUGGGUGGUGGGUGCGGUUGCUGCCGCAAUGUCCGCGAAACGCAACAUACCACUGCUUUUGGAAGCAAGGCAGGCACCAGACAGCUCCGCAGAACGGGAUGGCGCUCAACUUGUAGGAGUGCCGGUGGAGGAUCUGCCCACAGGGACGGUGACUGGGAUCGCUCAGCCAGCCACCGGGGCUCCCGGCGCGGCUCCAGGGGCUCCUGAGCUAGCGACGUUUCAAGGCAUGCCAGUCGCGGUGGCAGGCUCGAUCGGAGUCGAUGGAGUUUGCCAAGGCAUGCCUGUUCGGGACGAAAGUGGCAAUGUGUCCCGUCCGAGUCCGGCUUUGGGCUUCACGAAAGAAGUAUGA